AUGGAAGACUUGGUGCGCAAGUUCCAGGGACUGUCUCAGGAAUGGAACAAGAAGAAUCAUAAUCUUGCCCUUUGCCAGGAAAAGCUUGAAAACCUUACGGUAUAACUUUACUGACCGUUUGUAUAUUUCGACCAUUAGCUUGAUUUGACGCGAUUUUCAUAUAUGCCGAGACAAGAGUCCUUGGCUACAAAACGUGAAUUACUUAUAGCCCGUAGGCCUUUUCCCUUUCUUGCAUUAUUUUAGGGGAUACACUUGAAAUUGGUGCAAUUCUAUCUCUUGAAAAGCGGGACAUGGUAGCAUUUGAACGUUACAUGACUCAGCUCAAGUGCUACUACUGCGAUUACAAGUUUGUCUUUUUUCACAUACGUUACCUCACAGAACUAAUCUUCCCGAAUCGCCAUACAAAUACGAAUUAUUUGGCCUUAACCUUUUGAGACUUCUUGCUCAAGGAAGGCUUUCCGAAUUCCAUACUGUAAGGAGCUUUCGGCGCUUACAUCUUUAGGAAGUUGAGCGCUUAAGUGUUGACGAGAUUAAUUCAAACCCUUACAUUAAACACCCAUUGUCCAUGGAACAGUAUUUGAUGGAAGGGAACUUCCAGAAGAUCUUCAUAGCUAAAGAUAACGUCCCAUCCGAGCGUUACAAUUAUUUCGUCGAUAUUUUACUCAACGCCACGAGGUUUGUUCGAUCUUCGCACUGACCACCUCUAAAGGGAUGAAAUCGCGUCGUGUAUUGAGGCAGCAUACGAACAAUUGUCUCUACCGGAAGCGAAGAAGACCUUAUUCUUUAAGGAUACAGACCAGAUGAAGGCCUACGCGGAACAGGUAUGUUAAUUGCAAUUACUAACAAAUGCAUAGCGCAACUGGCACCUCGAUGGGAAUGUUUAUCGCUUCCUUCGAUCACAGAAACAGACUGAUAACGUGCUUCCUGCCACUGACCUCACGCGCAUACUGCUAGAUUACACUCGGGAAUUGGACCAAAUAAUCUAG